CCUCCGCAUUCUAGCGUCCUUCCCAUGCCAAUACAGAAGAACAAAAACUCACUUUGUCCAGUCGGCCUGGAAGUCUUCGCGCGACAACGUGAUGCCUCGCUUCAGGCUCCAGGCGUAGGCCGCGGCCAUCUUGUCUUGCCAAUACUUUUUCAACUCGCCAUUGGCGGCCAGUCUGGUGUUGAGCAGGCGGGGGCCUUCGCCAGGGCCGCGCUUGGCGAAGGGGUAGAAGCGACGGACGGCCUCCAUGAACAGCGCGGAGUCCGGCGUUCGCACGCGAGUGAUGGGCUCUUUCGCGUUGCUCUUCUUGGGCUUCUUGAUGGGGUCCUGCUUGGACUCGCGCACAAUGGUGAGGGUCAGCCUCUGCUUCUCCGCAUCCCACGAGGCGCAGGGAAGGGGGCAGGCGGGCCCGUCAGAGCCGCUGGCCAGGUACUCGAGAGCAAACGCCAGAACCUGCUCCGGCGAAUAAUACUCCACGGGGUCCUCGGGGUCCUCGGGGUCCACAGAGAGCUUGUAAUUGACGGUGGAGUCCGUCUCGGGGAGAAGAUCCCCCCUGAACGUUCCAGGCGAAAUCGUUGUCGCCCACUGAUGGUAGACUUUGUUGGGAUGGUCGGGAUCCUUGAUAAGGAGCUUGCAGACACGGGCGACCAUGUUGGAUGGUUGUGAGGUAGGGUAGUGCACGAAAGCCCUCUCUUGCAAUUUAAAGCGCAUUCAAGUGGGUCGUGUCGUGGCUCCGCUUCGAUUCUCCGUUCCAGGCGUUUAGAGGCGGACGGUCCCUUCACUUUCUUAACCUGCAGUUUAAUCCGCUUGCGUUUGUUGGUGUUGGUUUGGGUUUCAGGCUGCGUGGCUGGAGCGUCGGCGGGGGGCAGGGUGGGUGCUGUACCCUGGGCUAGGGCGAUGGGUGUGGCGGUGUGGUUCGGGUCGGGCGUGCCUGCCUGCGUCGGUGGUGCGGGUAUGGUCGCCAGUGCGCAUGCAGUCUCAACGGGGCGAAGGUGGCGGGUGAGGGCAGCUUGGCGCGUGGGCACGCCUCGGGGCUGGGCGGCCCGGGGUGCGCGUGGUGCGGUUGCGUUAAAAGCGGUGGGCGCGUGUGGUUGGGUCGAGUUUGGCUCGGGGUGUAGGGUGGUCAUAUGUUGACGGUGGGCCAUGAGAGUGGUCUGGGGGGCGCCGGUGGCUGUGGCGGAUUGCGGGAGCAGGGCCGCGAAGGCGGGUGUCGCCGGGAGGGCACGGUAUUGCUGAGGGAGGGGCAGGUGGCAGUUGUAGGUCUCCGGCUGGUCAUAUGGAGCCGCGCGGGCUGGGGCACCUUCGGCACUAAGGCAUAGGCUCAGCCUGUUCAGCGCGAUACGGUGUUGACGUUUGCAUUGGUUGCGGGGGAGGCGGAGGAACAGGCAAUCGGAGGGAAUCAGGCAGGUUAGGCCUUCUUUCGUGCGUUCCGUGCUUAUCAGGGCUCUGAGGUCCAGGCCGGCCUGCGCCAGCGUAUGUACGAGGUGGUGUGGGAUGGGUCGGGGGUUACGGUUCACUGCUUGGAUGAUGGUGUUGAUGGGGCCGGCAUACGGCGCUCCGUGGUCCCACAGGGUGAUGUCGUAUUCUCGCAUGAUACUGAGUUGUUUGAGUGUGGUGUAGAAGUGGCUUUCCCGACGUAGUUUGUGUAUGGCUGCCGUGCCGGCGAUGCGGCUUUGUAGUUCCAGCAGGGCAUGCGUGACCAUGCCUAGUCUGCCGGGGUCGUUCAGGGCAAGGGUCAAAGCCCGUGUGGCUUUUUGGGCAUAUAAGGGCAGGAGGGAGCCAACCCCAAGGCCUGACAUGUCCGCAGGGGCAAGUGUGGCACGUGUCGGGAACCCAGGGGUGAGGCGGUAACACUUCUUUGCCAGCCGCGCAAUCAUGGCGUCAAGGGUGCGGAUGUCGUUCUCCGUGUACGGCAUAACCGCAAAGCUGUAUGCUGCCAUAGACUGUAUGCAGGAUUUUAUAAUUCGCAGGCAUUGUUCUGGUGACGCGAGAGACGUUUGCAGGUUGGCACUUUUUUCUUUGAUGGCAUCGCAUAGGUAGGCAAACUGGGGUCCCCAGUGCAAGUUCAUGGUUAUCUGUACUCCCAGGUAUUUGAAGGGUUCGGUUGCGGGGAGGUAAGGCACAGGUUUGUCGCCAAUGUGGAUUUUGUUCUCAAGCAUUGAUUUGAGGGUACGGUUGCAGGUGGGACCGUUCAGGCCUUUGUCCUGCUGGGCUCUUCGGUGCAGGAUUCCCGUGACUCGGCAUUUGGCGUGGUUCACCUGGAGGCCCGCCCAUGCCGAGUAGCGGUGGAUUUUGUCGCAUUGAAUGCGUAGGUCGCUCAAGGUGUUUGUAAGCACCGCCAGGUCAUCGGCGUAGGCGGCUGAGGAGCAGUGGUACCUGUUGUUGAGGUGGUUUGGUAAGCAGCCGUAGGAGUAGCCGCGGCCUCCUACGUGGAGCAGUGCUCGUAUCUUGUAGAUGCCCUCAGGCACCCGGCAUCUACACAUGCGUAGAUGACCCUGACCGCGGCGUCUACACUUAAGCCCCCAAGCCCCCU